AUGAAUGAAGCAACCUUCCUUGCCAUGACACGCACCUCAGGCUUCACAGCCUCAAUCCCACCAGACCACACCUCAUCCCUGCUCGCCCAAAUGGUCCUCCUAAACCGCAUCCUCUCAGAAAUCAACGACUUCAACACCCAAUCCGCAACAACAACCCUAACCGAAGAAUACAUAACAAGCACCAUCUCAACCCUCUCAACCAACCUCUCAACCUGGCUCAAAAACCUACCCGCACACAUGCACGACACACCCUCCAACCUGCAAGCCUACGCCUCCCAAGGCCAAGGCCACCUCUUCGUAACCCUCUACCUAGGUUACUACAACUACGGCCAAAUGCUCUUCUAUCGAUUCCUACACGAAGACAUCCGAAACCACACACCGCGCACGCACUUCUACGCACAGCAAUGUAAAGAACACGCCGUGCGACUGUGCGAGAUGAUCUACCGCUCCGAGGAAGUCCCCGGCUGCGCCGUGCUGUACAAUAUGGUUGGCCAUGUACUUGUUAUUGCGUCGACUGUGCAGAUCCACACAUUGCUUUUUGGGGACGAGGGGAGUGUUGUGAAGGCGCGGGCGAGACUAGAGAGGAAUUUUGUUAUUCUGACUAAACUGCGUGCGCUGUGGCCGACGCUUGAUGUUUGUAUGGAGCGGUUGCAGGCUUUUCAUCGGGCUUGUAGGAGUUCGAUUGAUACUAGUUUUUGUAUGGAUGAGUGGAUGGUGAGGUUUUUGGUUGAGUUUGCUAAGCCGGUUAGUGACAAGGAUGGGGAUGGUGUGGAAAGGCCGUGGGUUUUGGAGGAGAUUGGUAUUUGUUAA